AUGGAGGCUAUGGAGGCAGUCCUUCGCAACUUCAAGCAGAUUCCCUGCCCCGACGGCGACCAGUGUACCACGCCUUCGUGUCAGUGGCAGCACAGUUGGGAUAGGAAUCCCCCAGCGGCCUCUUCAUCGGCAUCACCUGCGCCCCUCACGAAGCAAGACGAGACUUUAGCUCAGGACACGGAUGGCCCGCGGAAACGACGUAGGACCUCGUCCGAAGCUGGGUCCGCGACUGCUAUUACCACUGCUACAGGAGCUGUCUCUCCUCCCCCGCUCAAGCGCAAAGCACCUGAGCACUCGACUUUGCCCGCUCCGGCCAGCAAGGUACAAAGGCCGGUUGCCACUGCUCCCGCAUCCUUGACAACUCCCUCCAGAGCAACUGCUUCGAUCAGCGCUAGCCCCAGCACUGCAUCGAAGCAAAGCGCCGCCAAACAGAUCACAGCCCCAAAGCAACAAGCCACACCACGCAAACCAGAGACGCUCAACCCGCGCCAUCUCACCUCGGCUGCCCCAGCCUCCCAUGAGUUCCGGUUCAAGGCCCUCAAGAUGCUUCAUGAACAGUUCAAGCGACUCAACGAUGAAGUAAAAAAGGACGUCAAAGAAGACGAACAGAAACUUGUCCUCACAGAACAAGAACUCAUCUGGUUGGCCCUGGAUGCCGAGCAGAAGAUGGCCACAGAGAAGCCCGUCAUCUAUACCAACGUCAUCAAGAACGAGAUCAUGGCGUACAGGAAGAAGACCCCUGGUCGGUGGAGAGACGAGCGACUUGCCGAGUGGCAGAAGAAGAACGAGCCCAAGACCCCGGUCAAGAAGUUGAGACUUGGCCCGCCCAAGGAGGUCAAGACAGGUCUGACUCCCCAGGAAGAGGUCAGUUUCCUCAUCCAUCUUCUCACCCCCAUCACCGAGCUUGCCGAACAUGGUUAUGUCGUCAGGCCACCUACCUACGAGGAAAUCAGAAGAGCCUGUGAGGGCGAAGAGGCGUCCUUGGGAUGGGAGGUAUGUGACCGCUGUACCACAAGAUUCCAAGUGUUUCCUGGAAGACGAGAGGAAGAUGGUGCCCUCACUUCAGGUGGGACCUGCACCCAUCACAGCGGUCGAGCGUACUUCCCCGAGCGAGUCCCGGGCACCGUCGACCGACCGCCGAAGCGAUACCGCUGUUGCCAGGAAACAGUGGGUGAAUCCACUGGCUGCACCGUCGGAAGUACCCAUGUCUUCAAAGCCUCUGCUCCGUCUCGACUGGCUGCGUUGAUGCCCUUCAUGGAGACACCGCCCAAUCCGUCGGUACCCAAGGAUCGCGCUGUUUGCUUUGACUGCGAGAUGGGCUACACUGCCCGCGGACUGGAGCUGAUCCGGCUGACAGCCACCAGUUGGCCAGAUGGCAAGGAGCUGCUCGACGUGAUUGUCCGCCCCAUUGGUGAGGUUCUCGACCUCAACUCGCGCUACUCUGGUGUUUGGCCCGAGGACAUUGCCAACGCCGAGGAGUGGUCGCCAGGCAAGCCUCUUACUACUGUUGUCGAGUCUUCGGAUACCGGUCGUACCAAGAAGAAGCACAUGACAAUUGUUCCUUCCCCCAUGGUGGCACGUGACUUGCUCUUUUCGUUGAUCUGCCCCGAGACUCCGCUUAUUGGGCACGCUCUGGAGAACGACUUGAACGCGGUUCGCAUUGUUCACCCUACCAUCAUCGACACGGCGCUCCUUUUUCCUCACAGGCGCGGCUUACCCAUGCGAUAUAGUUUGAAGAUGCUUAUGGAGACAGAGCUCAACAAGGCCAUCCAGGUGGACACCAAGGAGAACCGGGGUCACGACAGCGGCGAGGAUGCCAGGGCCGCUGGAGAGCUCGUCAGGCUGAAAGUCAUGGAGAAGUGGGACCAGAUGAAGGGAGAGGGUUGGAUGGUGGUUGAUGGGGCUUUUGUGCCACCUGGGUGGGGCAAGACAAAUAUCAAGGGAGGAGCUUUGAGUGAAAGAUUCCUGGAGAAGGAGGAAGGGGAGUUGGGGGAGGCAGACGAGGUAGAGCCGGUGGUGUUGGAUGGCAGUGGCACAGGAGGCAAGCUUUACUCUCUUUAG